UGUUUGGAUGUGGAAAGUUUCACAGUUACGUGUAUGGACUGCCAACCUUUACAGUAGAGACCGACCACAAACCGCUCAUCACAAUCAGAAAAAAGAACCUUAACGACAUGUCACCCAGAAUUCAGCGCAUGAUGAUGGCAUUGCAGCGCUACGACUUUGAGCUUAUUUGCACACCUGGAAAAUAUAUUGUACUGGCAGAUGCUUUAUCUCGAGCACCAGCACCAAACAGUGGCAUGCUGGUCACCCCGGUGACUGAUGAGUCGGAAACACACAUAAACAUGGUGACUGCUUCACUCCCAACAUCAGAUGGUAUGCUACAGAAAAUUGUUCAGGAGACAGCAAAAGAUCCUCUGCUGCAGAAAGUUUCACACCAUCUACAAAAUGGAUGGUCGAGAGGAGUCUGCCCAGGGUUUUACCUACUUGUGUGCGGCGGAUGGGCUGCUACUGCGACAAAACAGGAUUGUCAUCCCGCAAUCCAUGCGCCAGGACAUGCUUCAGCGUAUACAUGAGGGACAUCUGGGUGUGGAGAAAUGCGAAAGGAGAGCAAGAGAAGCAGUUUAUUGGCCGGGCAUCAACAAAGACAUUGAGGAGAUGAUACAGCAGUGUGAAACGUGUCUCAAACAUCAUUACAAACAAACAAAAGAGCCGAUGCUAAUCGUAGACCCACCCACUGCACCAUGGCAAAAAGUGGGAACAGAUUUGUUUCAUCUGCAUGGCAAGGACUAUCUUCUAGUGAUAGACUAUUAUUCUAACUAUCCAGAAGUUGCACAAUUAUCCAGUACAUCAGCACAGUCUGUCAUCACACACAUGAAAGGGUUUUUUGCCAGACAUGGAAUUCCGCGAUGUGUUGUCAGUGACAAUGGUCCACAAUAUGACUGUGGGGAAUUCAGUGAGUUUGCACAGGUAUAUGGAUUUCAACAUGUCACCUCUAGCCCGUUGUAUCCACAGGCUAAUGGACAAGCUGAAAAAGGGGUGCAGAUUGUAAAGAGACUGUUGAAGAAAGCAAAAGACUGUAAAGCUGACCCUUACCUGGCUUUGCUAAGCUACAGGUCUGCAGCUCUGGAGUGUGGUGCAUCACCUGCUGAGCUACUCAUGCAUCGCAAGCUGCGCACCACACUUCCACACAUUUCAAGACACAAUGAUAACAGAGACACAGAUGGACUGACUGACAAACGAAUGAGACUCAAGUACAGACAGAAAAUGAACGAUGAUAAAACCGCAACACAACUGGAACCUCUUCAGGAAAGGCAUGUUGUGAGGAUUGAGGGUCCUGAGUCCUGGGACAGAAAAGCCAGAGUCCUCAGUGAAGUAGGUCCCAGGUCUUUUGUGGUCGAGACAGAGAAUGGACAGGUAUUAAGGAGAAACAGAAGGAGUCUGUUAAAGACUCGGGACAUUGAGAAUCAAGCUGAGGAGGUUGGAGUUGAACAGUCAGAAGGUGCUACUCCAGAUGUGCACCACAGUGAUCCUCCUUCACCUCCCUCAAUGACUGUGACACUCAGAAGGUCUACUAGACCUAGAAAGCCCCCUGGGAGGCUCAUAGAACAAGAGUGAACUGUUCAACUAAUAUAAAGUGAAAGAAAGUUGUUGGCACUAGGCACUGUUACAUUAAGAAAAAAAAAAAAAAGGUUCAUACUUAUGCUGUAUUUGGUAUGUUAAAUGUGUUAUUGACUUUUUCAGUUGUGUAAAUGUGAAGAACAAUUCAGUGUUUGAUAUUCAUUGGAUUUGAUCCAUAAAAGUUAAUGGUAUGUUGUCAUCAUAUCGAGUAUAUGGGUUAAACGACAUUUUGUGUUACACGAUAUGUUCAUGUUGUGUUUUCCUGUUUGGAAGGGGGAUGUAAUGAUAUGUGAUUGCAGACGAUCACCCACAGAGGGCUGUAUAGCCUCAAGGGAACUCUGUAUGACGGAAUGUAUGUACAGGGAGUAGAAGAAGAAUGUUAGCAGGAGACUACGUGAGUGAUUAAAAUAAACAACUAGCUGAAGCUAGUAUAAAGUUCAACUGAAGCCUUAUUUAAGGAGCAUAAGAACUUUACAUGGACAACAAGUCAAAUGAGCAGGAAACCCUUGAAUGAUCCUGAAACAUGGAUUCCCUCCCUCUGCUAAUCAAAAGCUGCUUUGUACUUGUUCCACAAGGUCCGGCCUCUCUCGCUCGGCUGUGAGUGGUCGCUUUUCCCUCCGACUUCUUCAAUGCAGGCCCACUACAUUGGUGUCAUCGAAUUGGUAGAGAGAGCGAGAGCAACUUGGCUGCAAUUCUGCUGCCCAAUGCGUCCAUAUGACUUUGUUGCCAAGUUUAUUGACUUUUUGGACCGGAAUUCCAUCUAUUGAGUGAAAGAGCUGUAGUGGAUGCUGUUCGCUCUGGUUUCAUUCCGUCGAGCUGCAGCGCCGCGACCAUGAUGACGGACGGUGUUCACACAGCGACGGUCUUUACUCGUCCGAAAAGAGUGAGAUACGGCACAAAAAUGAACGGAAUUGCAACAUUAGUAUUUGCUCGAGCACAGAUUUACAUCAGUUCCACAAGCACCUCGUGCCAUGACAAAUGUCCAUUUCGCAAGGGAGAAGCAACGAGAGAAAUACGUAUACGUCACAUCUUCUGAUUCACCGACGCCACAAGUCGGACUGUAAAUCCCAACACGGAUAGGAAGUCAAUAUUGUGCACGUGUGAUCACUUGAUGCUCCGGCUGAUGAAGCUUCAGAAUUAUUGGCAGGAGGAGAGAAGAACACCUCUGAUGUUGGCGGGCGAUGCAUGGAAAAUGCGAAGAUACCCAAGAGCGAUUGCUCCCCGAGGAGUACAUGCCACUCCGAGGGGAGCGCAAUUCUCUGGAGAUAUUUUAUAGUCUGAGUGAGCGAGCGAGAGAGCGAGCGAGUGAGCCUUUUUUUCUGCUGCCACUCAGCAGUAAAAUGACUGCUCCAACAGUGGGUCCCUUUGCAAUGAUUUUCUCUGGGUUCUGCGUAUUGUUUGGCCAUAGAAGUUUAUUGACACAAGUGACCGUUACAUGUGGGAAGUGGGUAUAUCAAAUCUGCACACCCUGGUUUCAAUGGCAGACUUUGUAAUGAAAUGAGCAUAUGAAAUGAACCCCUACACCUUAUCCAGCCAUUAUCUGUACUCAAAUGUAAUGACUUAAGUGUCAUGAUUGGUCCCCAGUUUUGCUAGGUUGCCAUGGUUUCUGUUCGCGUCGCCCCUCCCCUCCUGUGUUCCCUCAAUCAGUGUGAUCAUUCUCACCUGCCUCUCAUUUCCAGUCUUGUAUUUAAGUCCUGUCUCUGUGUCACUCCCCUGUCGGUUCAUUGCUAAUGUCACCCGGUCCCUUUGUCUCACAUCUCGGUCAGCUUCUGUUGUUGGUUUGGUUGCAAGUCAUGUCUGUUUACCGAGUCUGUAAGUUCCUGCAAUAAACCCUUUUCCAAGCUGCA